GGACACUGCAUGAUAUUCACCCCAUCAUGACCCCCCCGCAUUGAAUCUCAACCGUGCAGCCUUCACUCGAGUAUGUGGUGGUAACCAGCCGCGGCUCGAGGAAUCAAAAAUAUACAGCCCUAUACGACCGACAACGCGAUGGAUGCGAUAUAUACGGCCCUCUUAGACGAUCCGUUGUUGAAAGUUAGCCGCCCGAUUGCAGCCUGCUCCAGGUGCCGGUCGUCCAAGGUCAAAUGUGAUGGCAAACUACCGGCUUGUUCAGCCUGCGAGCGGGCGGGCAAAGCGCAAACCUGCUCUGGAGCUACAGAUGAGUUUGCAAAGGGAAAAGAACGAAGCUAUGUUGCUGCUCUGGAAGCUCAGUGUGAGCGUUUGAAGAGAAGACUAGCAGCGAUUCGAGGCGCUCAGCCAGAAGACUCGCCAGAUGCAUCGGGGACUACAAGUGCAGCAAUGUACGGCAAAGAAACAUCUGAUAUCGAUGAUUUAGUUGGUGAUUUUGGAUUUUUGUCGGUCAACGCUACAUCUCGAGAUUUUUAUGGGAUCACAUCUUCAACAUCCUUUGCAGGACUCCUCCUGACCGUGGCAAAGGGGACAUCUUCGGUACCGCCAUGCCCGCCGACCGAGUACCCAACCAGAGCGGAAGCUAUAGGCCUCGUGCAGUACUACUUUGACAACCUCUAUGUCUUGAUGCCGUUUCUCACGGAGACCAAGUUCUGGGCUUCGUUGGAUAAUAUAUACCAGGAUGGCGGCAGGUUCUCAACAAGCUUUGACCACUGGUCUCUGCGAAUGGUGUUGGCAAUUUCCUUGGCGAUGAAGUCACGUACUCAUGGAGAUGCAGAGUGCGAAGCCGCGCUGUGCCAUGUCUAUGGUGCAUUAAAGUAUGCCGAGGACGUAUUACAUCCGGGGUCACUUGCCGGUAUACAAUCUAUUCUCCUGUUGACGCAAUUCUCCAUGUUUGCGCCCAAGUACUUUAAGACAUGGUAUCUGAUAGGCAUGGCUGCACGGGUAGCCACUGAUCUGGGGAUACAUCAAGAACAACGGUCGAUAAUAAACAUGGACGGUGCGGUUUUGAACCAGUCCAGAAAGACAUUCCACUGUCUUUACUCUAUUGAUAGGUUUGUUAGCGGAGCGUUGGGACGAGCGUAUUCAUUUUCCGACGACUCUGUCAACGUUCCUCUCCCACCCAUAGUAUCUUCUAACACGAUAAAUCUAGGGGAUGCCAUAUCCCCGAAAAACAUCAAAGCAGCCACGCGACUUUUUGAAGUCCGACGGCAGCAAUCCGCUUUCUACCAAGACCUAUAUUUCAACGGGAGGGAAGUCCUGCCCGAUGCCGAGAUCGUCUCUUGGAGACGCUGCGCCGUUCUCAUGGACUGGUUUGAGACGGCUCGGGCAGACCUACCCCCACACCUAAUACCACUAUACCACCUUGAACUACUAUACACCUGCAUCCUAGUGCUCUCGCCAUCCAAACGAGACCCCGUAAUAAGCGAAAUCAACCGAAUAGUUCUCUUCGAAUACACUAUUGACUUCCUCGCUAACUUCCAUACGUUCCUGAACUCAUCUGCUACUUGCUUGCCAGUGACGUACAUUGACUUUGAACGCGUAUACACUGUUGCAUGCAUACUGAUCGUCAUCAUCAACCACUACCAUAACGAAGUCCUCAGCGAGACACUUCCGGAGCGGCUGAUGCAGCCUGCUUCGACGUCAGGCACUUCUGAGACACCAUUACCGCCGUACAUAGACCGAUCUAAACGGAUAAACCCUACAGCUAGGGCAUUGGAAGCCCUGGCCAAGACGCAGUCCAUUCUUGAAGUUGCCAGUCGGAGAUGGGGUGUCCGUAGCCUCUUGGACGAUUUCAAGGGCCGCGUGGAGUCGGCCACGCCCAUACUUACGUUUAAGUACGGGGAGAACCGGCUGGUUGGUUCUUCGUUGCAGCUACCUCUGGGCCAGUCGGCGCGUCCUAACGGCGGGCCGGCAGUGUCUGGCUGGAUCUUGCCGGGUCCAAGGGGCCAUUUUGCUGGAUGA